AUGACUGCUGCGGCUUGGGAACCAUCUUCCUCAACAGAGCCUGCAACUGCUGGGACCAUUAUUCUUCCCACACGGUCGGAGGCCCUUUCCCUUCUUGCAGUUUACGAGGAACACAUCGAAUUCCUCCAUCAUGUGACAUACACCCCAAGGACUUACCGCAUCCUGAACCAAGUCUACGACGUGGUGGAACGCGGUGAUAUCCCUCCUCCAGGCCUGGUGUCUCUCCUCACGAGCAUAUUUGCUAGCAGUGUCGCUUUCCAGUAUGCGAUAGGCUCUAGGAAGGAUUUGCUAGGUAUUUCACGGCCAGAUGCGAGGAAAGCUAUAGUUUUGUGGUCGAAAGCCACGUUUGAUUGUCUGGACACCUCCACCCGGCUCGGCUCCUACGGAUUAGAAGACUUGCAAGCUUUUAUCACGAUCUUCUUCCUGAUGUACAAUCUUGAAGGCGCCAACUCACGAACGCGCACCGGCAUGUCGCUUUCGCUUGGUAUUGCAAGGGACUUAGGCUUGCACAGACUGGACCAUCCUACCUUCCGGCGGCAUCAUCCUCUUGAAGUAGCUGAUAAGAUCGAUCUGGAGAUCAAACGCAGGAUUUGGUGGCACCUGUCAGUUACAGAUUGGUAUCUCGGUGUGAGUGGAGGCCCUCAGGAAGGUACCUAUUCGGUCCAGCCUCGUCAAGUCGCCACCAACCUGCCGCGACACAUAGAAGAAGCCGACCUCGAGGCGGAAGAUGCUUCAUUUGAGCGUCCUCUCUCCGAGCCAACCGCUUCUUCCUACCUCAUCCAGCGAAUUCGUCUGGGACAAAUCUGCCGCAAAAUCAUCGAUGCCACACCCCUGGGAAUGCUAGGCGCAGAAAGCAUCAACUAUGAUGACAUAGUGGCCUUGGACCAGGAGUUUGAGACUUUUCAGCGCGAGCUACCACUUUUCUUCCAAGACCACAUCGAGGCUCAUCAACAAUGUCGUGAUCUGUACAACCGUCGACCGACCGUCCUCGUGCAGAAGUACAUUGUCAACAUGAUCUAUCAGAACCGCCGGUGCCGGCUGCACCAACCAUACCUAGUCCGAGGCUUCACCAACAGCGCCUACGCCCACUCCCGCGACGUCUGCCUCCGGUCUGCACGGGCCGUCAUUGCAAUCCAACACCAAGUCGUAAAGGAGCAGCUUGUCUCCGCCAGCCUCCUCGCACUAUCGGGUGUUCACCACCACAUGUUCUUUGCCGCAGUGGCGCUCGUCAUGGACCUCUGCUUCAACAGGACCAACGGCCGCGAGGAAGAAGAGGCAGCAAGAAGGCUGGAGGUGAUGGAUGCAUGUCGGAUACUGGAGGACGCCAACGACCGCAGCCCCGUCGCGAAGCGUUUCCUCGACUCCCUGAUGGACGUCAUGAAGAAGCAUAAGAUCAAGCUGUUCGAUGCUCCUCCUCCACCUGCAGAGGCUGCCGCACCCGAGAGCGCGCCAGUGCCGCCGACAUUGCCGACUGAAAUGCCUGAUUUCGAUCCUUGCGCCACGGCACAAACGGAAUUCGAAGAGAUCUGGCAGUCGUACAUCGACCACGGGUCUACGAUGGAUGUCCCGGACUGGGCGGAGCUCUUUGAUGAUUUACAAACUCAGUUUGAGUGA